AGAGUUUAGCUUGUUCUUGUGAGAGGCCUACACCUGUUGGCUGUCUGAUUCCAAUCGUGUGUCUUGUCAUUAAACGUUUCCGGAAAGGAAGAUAGACUCUAUCCUUAGUUGAAAUAGCCAAGUUUAGCGAGUCAUAAUUGAGCUUCGAGUCCUUCAAAAACAUAAUCAAAAUUUUGCAAUAAGCUCUUUGGAUUUGAACGAAUCAUGGCAUCACAGAGCCAUGGCCUUGCACAGCAAGACCACGAAUUGUCCGAUCUACAGAUCUACUGCUACGAGAGACCCCGGAGAAUAAAAAUCAAAAAAUCAUAUAAAGAAUUCGCUUCGGACGAGGAAAAUUCUGAAAUGGGGAUAGGUGCUGAGGAUAUCAAGAAAAGGCGAACUAAAGUAUCUAAGAGAAAAGAAAGUCCUUCUCGAUUGGCUCUCGAGAAAAAGCAACGUCAAUUGACUGAUACACUAAGAUGGUUGGGCGAGAAUUACGAGUUAAAAGAAGGCUUGUGUUUGCCUCGUUGUGUGAUGUAUACCCACUAUCUGGACUUCUGCAAGAAAAGCAAGCUAGGUCCUUCUGGUCCUGCAACUUUUGGAAAGGUUAUUCGACAAAAGUUUCCUAAGCUAACGACCAGACGACUGGGCACACGAGGACAAUCGAAGUACCAUUAUUAUGGCAUUAGAGUCAAAGAGACCUCCCAGUACUUCCAUGCCGGCUAUUCCAAACAAGGACUCACCAGGUUUUCGACAAUGAAAGCUAAGGGAGGAGAGGGUUCGAUGAAAAAGUUUGCGCUGAAUUCUAAAGCACGGACGCUUCUGCCUGACUUCCCAAAUGCCAAGCGAUUGAACCUUCCUAAAGGAGUCUCUCAGCAAAAGGUUGAGACUUUCAUCAUGAUGUACAGAACUCAUUGUCAAAGGCUUCUGGACACCGUGAUCAGUGCUAACUUUGAUGGGAUCAAUACCUUCAUACUUCACUUCUGGCAAGGAAUGCCUAGUCACAUGAUCUCAGUCUUACAGAGUCCUAUUAUUGUGGAUGUCAUUGCUAUUUGUGAUUCAAUACUAUAUAAGGUUUUGAUAGAUGUACUGAUACCAUCCAGUAUACAAGAUCUACCAGACAGUCUGAGGGAAGAGAUUCGAGAAUUUGCUUCAAACCUCCAGGUGUGGUUAAAGGAUUCCCUGCGUGAAGUACCGAAAAAUGUGCAAGACGUUAAACUGCAAGUUGCCCAGAAGUUUGGAAGGGCUUUGACUCGUCAAGUUUCAUUUGUCCACUUGGCCCAGACCGCUCGCUCGGUGCUACUCAGUUAUGACUCGGUGUCCCGGAUGAUCAAUGAUCUUCGCAAGAUCGACUUCAAUCUCAUCAACAGUCAAUCGAUGUUUCUGCUUGGAAAUGAAGAUAUACCCACUCUAACUAAAACAUUUGUUCAAGAAUUCGAAGGUCUUCUAAGCAAGCAAGCGCCUCUCGAAGCCUACACUGAAUGGUUGGAUAGUGUGGUUGAUCGAUGUGUUCUAAAGGAGCUCAGUGAUGAUAGCGAUGAUGAGUUAUUCGAAAGACGAGCAACAAAAUUCCUUGGAUCCUGGUCUUUUAUUACUUCCAAAGUCUUAGAAGAUCUUACCCUCAGAAGUGCUCCAAGUUUUGGUGUAUUUCACUUGAUCCAUGCUACAUUCCAGGAAUACGUACUUCUUAUUAUCGAGAAUCAAAAAAUGCUGGAAGUUGACAAGAAGCUGGAAAAAGCCCUUCAAAGUCAUCUAAAAGAAGAUUUUAGUAAUGACAGUAUCGAGCAAUGGGUAAACGUUAAACAGGCAGAAUAUGAGGUGCGCGCCGAGAGCAUGGAGACGAAAAACGUUGGACACUCUGAUGAAAGUCAAACCCAGGACAAAACACCACAGAGCAACAAUAAUGAUAGCAUUAACAACAAUAACAACGUUAGCAGCGACAAAACAUUUAACAAGAAAGUGAAAAUUAGUUCAAGAAACAAGGAAUCGGAAUCCAGCAGAUCGCAAGUUAAGGCAGCUCCACGUUCAUUCGUUAUGAGCAUCCCGCAAGCUUCGGCAUCCUCACCAGCUAUCGUUCCACGUCCACUUUCCAUCAUACCUUCUUCAAUAACCUCGAUACCAUCAAAUAGUGUAGGCUCCAUCGCAAACCAAACCUACGGCCAACUUCAACUGCAACCUUCGGUUGGCAACAACACUGUGACAGACAGACAAGGAAGGAACGUGCAACAGUAUUUAUACAAUGAUGAAAUGUCAAGAAAUGCUACACCAGGAAGCGAAAUGACAGCUAGCUACCAUGGACAGGACUUUAUCAAUCCAUAUGACAAGAGUAUUUUUAAUUCUAAUCUUGGAAUUGCUAACCCGGAGUUCUUAAGUAAUCCUUGGUUCCAACCAGAGAAUCCGUCUCUUACAGUACUGAAUAACGUCGGCUAUGCUGAUCCUAAUGUUUCGUCAGCUGAUCAAAAUUUAGAAAUGAGCUAUCACAGGAGUGGGGAUUUUGGGUUUGGUUAUGCGAAUGAGUUGGGUAUCUUUACUAGUGGAAUCCACCCAACUGAGCACCAGACUCCAAUCAGCCACAGGUCAGAUAUUCCCUACAGUGAUCAAGGAAAAGAUGUGGACUUUUCGAAUUACCAAAACUUGUUAAGGUACAAUAGCAUGUAUUACGAGAGCAUGAGGAAUUCGGGUCAAUCCAUUAGUUCUGAUGUUCUAAAUUACAGUGGAAUUCUGCCCACUCCUGCUAAUUCCAUGGAUAUCGAGGGAAUACUGGCCCACGAAGCGCAGAUGAACAGGUUAGGUGUGGGAGCUGUUUGAUCGACAAAUAUUGACUGUUAAAAGUCACGUGACUGAUCAUUAUCACGUGACUUAAACUUAUAAAUGUGACAUACAGGUGUCAUGUGACAAAGGAAACCAAAUGACGUAGACGUUACGCAGGCGUUAGUGUCAUGUGACCAUACAAGUCACGUGUAUGAUAUAAGUUACGUGACUUAUAGAUGUUACAUUAUCAUGCGACUGAAAAAGUGUCUGGUGAUACAUAAAUGACAGGUGCGUUAUGGGAUCAGUAGUUAACCAAUACGUGACUAGCAAGUGUCACGUGACUAGCAAGUGUCACGUGACUAGCAAGUGUCACGUGCCUAGCAAGUGUCACGUGACUAGUAAGUGUCACGUGGCUGGCACGUGAUGUAAUGAUAGACAUUUAGGAUCAAGAUGCCAACUGAAGAAAAGAAGACUUUUUAGGCCCAGUAAAUAAAUUCAUCAAUUAUGACUCAUGAACUCGAAAAUACUAUACGAUUUUCAAAAAGUAUAGGAAUUGUGUAGCACAACUAUAUUGUCAGAACUAAAUAACUAGGAUAUUCAUAUCAGUUCUGAUAAUGAGUUAUGAGAAUGAUUUUUAUCAAACGCGUGACAGGUCAGCGUGACACAAAUCACGUGACUAACUGAUUAACUGAAUAAGUGAAUGAAUGGCGCAAGAUAAAACAAGCCAAAAGAAUAUAUAAUAAUCAUAUAAUUUAAUUAUUAGUGCCGCGGUAUUGCGCAUGACAAACAUUACAAACCUCACACGUUUUCUUAAUAUUUCAUUGUAAAUUAAAUAUAGUCAUUAUUUACAAAUGCAACCACAUUUUCCUUCUUUAUUCUUUUUUGCAUAGCGAACCCCGGGCACAGCUUCACGUCCGUACAAGAAGCUAUCACGAAUCAUAUGCAUUUCAUGCAGAUAGACGUAAUGCAUGUGCAUGAACUAUCGAAUUGUAUUUUCAUAAUUAUUCAUUCUCUUUCGAAGUUCAAAGGAUCACUUGUAAAGAACUAGUCUCACAUGGAAUUGUGGCGCUGAAUAUAUAGAGCAAGAUAGUGAACAUGGAAGAUAUUGCUUGGAUUUCAUACUUUCUAAUUGGUUAUGUUAGAAACACAAGCGAAAAAUUCGAAUAUAAUUUACAAAUUUACCAGUUUGUCAAACUCUUAACUGAGGGAUCCAAGAUGGGGGACUAAUUUGUGUUUUCUUGACGACGGCCCCAUAGAGCAUUGCGUGAUAAGUUUGUUACCAGUCUCUCUACGCGAACGCUAGAUAAAUAUAGAUAUAUAUUAAUAAAUUAUAAUACUCUAAUAUAAUAGCAUUUGAAGUCAAUUUUUAAAUGUUGCCAAUUCUAAAACCAUAGAUAUGAUA